CUCAAAGUCCAUCCGGUGGGUGAGCAGGUGAAACCCUUCCUCCGACCUGCUGCGUGGGAAUUGGCUUCCUGGGCAGGAGAGAUGACUCCAGCCUGGAGACAUUUGCCAAGAGCUUUGCGCCUGGAGACUUCCUCACCCUGGACCCCCAAGACAUGCCCUUCCCUGAGCCUAGGUGCUUUCUGGAGAUCUGUAACCAAGCUCGGUCUUCAUACGAAACCCAGAAUGCCUCCAUGUGACUUCACGCCUGAGAGGUACCAGUCCAUGCCCUACAGCCGCGUCCUGGAGGUCUACAGGGAGCACCUCUCCCCCGAGCUGGUGUACUUCCCGGAGCCUCUGCUGCUCCACCAGGGCCACAUGCAGUGGCUCUUCGACCACGAGGGAAACAGAUACCUGGACUUCUUCUCGGGGAUCGUCACCGUCAGUGUCGGCCACUGCCACCCGAAGGUGAACGCAGUGGCACAGAAGCAGCUGGGCCGCCUGUGGCACACAAGCGCCCUCUUCUUCCACCCACCCAUCCAUGAAUAUGCUGAGAAGCUUUCGGCACUUCUCCCAGACCCUCUAAAGGUCAUUUUCUUGGUGAACAGUGGCUCAGAAGCCAACGACCUAGCCAUGCUGAUGGCCAGAGCACACUCAAAGAACACAGACAUCAUUUCAUUCAGAGGAGCCUACCACGGAUGCAGUCCUUACACAAUCGGCUUGUCAAACGUAGGGCAAUUCAAGAUGACACUCCCUGGCGCAGUGGGCUGCCAAUCAACAAUGUGCCCAGAUGUUUUCCGUGGUCCUUGGGGAGGAAGCCACUGUCGAGACUCUCCAGUGCAAACGAUUAGGAAAUGCAGCUGUGCACCAGACUGCUGCCACGCUGAAGACCAGUAUAUCGAGCAGUUCAAAGAUACUCUCAGCACUUGUGUGGGCAAGUCAAUUGCUGGAUUUUUUGCAGAACCAAUCCAAGGGGUGAACGGGUUCGUCCAGUACCCGAAGGGGUUUCUGAAGGAGGCCUUCCAGCUGGUGCGGGAGCGAGGAGGCGUGUGCAUCGCGGACGAAGUGCAGACGGGAUUUGGAAGGUUGGGCUCUCACUUCUGGGGCUUCCAAACCCACGGCGUCCUGCCAGACAUCGUCACCAUGGCCAAAGGGAUUGGGAAUGGCUUUCCCAUGGCAGCAGUUGUGACAACGCCAGAGAUUGCCAAGUCUUUGGCUAAAUGCGUCCUGCACUUCAACACCUUCGGAGGGAACCCCAUGGCCUGUGCCAUCGGAUCGGCCGUGCUUGAGGUGAUUAAAGAAGAAAAGCUGCAGGAAAACAGUCAAGAGGUUGGCACCUACCUGCUGCUGAAGUUGGCUAAGCUGCAGGAUGAAUUUGAAAUUAUCGGAGACGUCCGAGGCAAAGGCCUCAUGAUAGGAAUAGAAAUGGUGAAGGAUAAGUGUGCGUCUCUCAAAGCCUCCUUUGUCUCUACAGCUGCCCCUGCAGCCCCUGUGACCAAAGACGUUCCUCAGGCCUCGAUUUGUCCUGGUAAAACGUCAAGCCCUCCCACAGGCUGCACGACGACAUCUCAGACGAGCCGCCAGCCCCUUCCCCGGGAGGAAGUGAGCCAGAUCCACGAGGACUGCAGGCAGAUGGGCCUGAUCGUCGGCCGAGGCGGCCUCUUCUCCCAGACGUUCCGCAUCGCGCCCUCGCUGUGCAUCACGAAGCCAGAAGCUGAUUUUGCAGUGGACGUAUUUCGCGCUGCGGUCACCCAACACAUGGAAAGAAGAGCUAAAUAAAAUCUAAAACAUAAAAACCCACAAGCCUCAAGAACUUCCCACUGAUGUUCAAUUUGAGGGAUUUCAGAAGCACCGGUAUAAGUUGUAAAAGUUGACUGCCUACCAGCCAGAUUUGUGAACAGAGCCCCUAUUAUGCUGGGAAAUCCUUCAGCAAAGGAUCUCUAUCCCUCGCUCAGAGAAUGAAUCCUUCUUCACUAGGUUAGCUGUGCUCAUUGAAGUCCUCUUUGCAAUGAUUGAUUGGUGCCUGAUACGUGGCCUAUUUGGGGACAAUGAAACCUGAAAGGCGAUGUUUGGUGCAGGUGCCUUCGGGGGAAGGUUUCUUUAUCCUUCACUCUUCAUCACUCUUUAUCAUUUAUUGUGAUGCGACUCGCAAACCAUAUCAGCCACUUUGGGGCCAUGAGACCAAAGCUUAUGUGCUGAGUUUGGCAGGUGUUGGGAAGCUGAGUCCUUAGCGAUGUCAGUGAGCCACUAACUUACCCAAUCUAGACCAACCUUACCUUGAGGCUUCUUGUUAUAUGAGAUGAUAAAUUCACGCUAUUGCACAAGC